AUGUAUCGUCCGCCGGCGAAUAUCCUAAUCAGUGAACCCUGUAAUGUUUCUCGACACGCCUCUUCAUGGGCGCCGAGCCAUUACUUGGCGCAUAAAACUUAUGAUCGUCAUGAUCGACAAUUAGGUCGACAAUCCAGCGUCGCGCACCCGAUGCAUCAAUUAAGGGAGGAGGAGCAUCACGACGGAAGACCUCUGGCGAUGAGCGCCGAUUCUCACAAUCGGGCGCCUGUACAGUCGAAUGAUGAGCUGCACCUACUUCGCGCUGAAGCCGAGGAGUCGAAGAAUGCCCUACUUGAUGCUCGCGAGAUGGCUGAGAGAGCUCAAGAUCGUGCGAAUGCUGCAACUGAGGCUGCUGGGCGGACUCGACGUGAGCAGCGGGUACUGGUUGAGCGCCUACGUCAAUUUGAGACGACUGCGUUCGAAGGACCCCAGUAG